GGCUACGGCCUCCAGCUUUAGAAGCCAAGAAAGCGAGUGAAAAUCUGAUGAUAGACAGAUGGAUAUGCAAUCAAUAGUUAAAAAGUGAAAGAGGAGAGAGAGAGAUAGCUGUGGACAAAUCAAAGAGAGAGGAGAGAGAAGAACCAAGAGGUGAAUCAAAGCAACCGUGGGAGUUAAUUAAUAAUAAUAAUAAUAAAGAGGGUGUGCACGAGGGUUCAUCCGUUGCAUCAACACACGUGCACGCGCAUUUGACAAAAGGAAAAGGCAGCGACGAGGAUGGAGAUGGAGUUCUGGUAUGGUAUGUGGAAAACUUCUCCAAUCCAAAUCAACCUACAUUUGGUUGAUAAAAUUGGCCUCAGGGUUGUUGUUAAUUAUUACUGAAAUUUCUGUUAAGAAUACCUUUGUGAAUUCGGCAUGUUACACUCUGCAGCAAGAAAUUAGGAGUCUAAUGAAGGGCUUUUUCUGUAAAUCCGCUUUUCAGCUCAAUAGUUAAUUGCAAAUCCAAGUUAUUGCGUGUUUGACAUCCACGAGUCAAGACCGAGAUUGCUUUGAUAUUUUCUGGUUUUUUAUGGAUUAACGUUCCUUGCUUGUUUCUCUUCUCCUCUACUCUCCCCCCUCUCUCUCUUUUUAUCUUUUGUUGGUUUUAGUACGAAAUUCGGAUUACGGUGAUUGAGUUCUUUCUUGAUCUGAAAGUUAUGGUUUUACCGGAAUCGUAAGUACGAACCAGGGUAGCUGGAUUUAGGGUCAUUAUUGGCGAGGGAAGAACCAUUGCUUUUGGAUAAAAUUAGGGUGAUUCUGAUCGACGAGAGGAGACAUGAGAGGCGUCAAUAACACCAUGGACACUAUAAGUGCUGCUGCGUCUGCGAUCGUCACCGCUGAUGCUCGAGUUCAGCCAGCUACAGUUCAGAAAAGAAGAUGGGGAAGCUGGUGGAGUUUAUACUGGUGUUUUGGGUCUCAUCGACACGGGAAACGAAUUAGCCAUGCUGUCCUUGUUCCUGAACCAACAAUCCCAGGAACUGCAGCUCCCGGAGCUGAAAAUCAAAUCCACUCAUCAACCAUAGUACUGCCAUUUGUUGCUCCUCCCUCUUCUCCUGUUUCCUUCCUUCAAUCAGAACCUCCAUCUGCCACUCAAUCACCUGCUGGAUUUCUAUCCUUCACCUCGUUUUCUGCUGAUGUCUACUCUCCAGGUGGACCUCAUUCUAUUUUUGCUAUUGGACCAUAUGCACAUGAGACUCAGUUGGUCUCACCCCCUGUAUUCUCAACCUUCACAACAGAACCAUCUACUGCUCCCUUUACUCCUCCUCCUGAACCUGUGCAGCUGACUACACCUUCAUCACCAGAGGUUCCAUUUGCUCAACUCCUUACAUCAUCACUGGACCCAAACCACAGAACAAGUGAAGCCUGUCAAAAUUUCCCAGUAUCCCACUAUGAGUUUCAAUCGUAUCAACUGUACCCUGGAAGCCCAAUUGGCCACCUCAUAUCGCCAAGCUCGGCAAUCUCAGGUUCCGGCACAUCCUCUCCUUUCCCAGAUCGUGAAUUCAUUUCUGGUGAACAUUCUUUUCUCGAGUUCUGUGCCAGCAACCCACCAGAACUCAUGAGCAUUGAUCGGCUUUCUAUGCGUAAGUGGGCACCAGGACAAGGUUCUGGGUCAUUGACACCAGAUGCUGUAGGACUGGUCUCUCAAGACAACUUCCUACUGGAUAAAAUGUCAGGGGUUGCAUCUCUUGUAAACUCAGACACUGGGUCACAAAAUGGUGACAUUAUGAUCAGUCACAGAGUCUCGUUUGAGCUCCCCCCCGGAGAGGUUUCAAGCUGUUUGGAAAACGUGUCUACCAUUGAAUACCUGUCAGAAUCACUGGUAGAUAAAGAAACAGUAACUGUACCAACAACUAGAACGGAUAUGGUUUCAAGUGAAACAGAGAAUAGCAUUGAGUGUCAUGAUGGGGAAACAUCAAGCAACAAGCCCCAGAAAUCCAUGGAGGAUGGAAAGGGGCAGCUUCAUCAUCAUCAGAAGAAUCCUUCUCUCACGCUUGGUUCAGUAAAAGAAUUCAAAUUUGAUAAUACCGAUGGAGGUGCAACUGAUAAGCCCACCGUAAGCUCUGAAUGGUGGGUUAAUAAAAAGGAGGCUGGACCCUGUAACAAUUGGGCCUUUUUUAUGAUGCAAUCAGGUCUGAGCUGAUCUAAUGAACACCUUGUCAAUCUAUCCGAUUCUUUCACCAUGAAGGAGUUUGACAGCUUGGCUUGAAUGGAUCCAAACCUUGACACCAUUACCAACUUGGUUGAAGAUCAAAGUCAAACAGAGUGAACAUUUAGGUGAAUGUGGAUGAUCUGGGGGGUUGUGAUUGGUCAACUGAUUAUACACCAUCGAUCUGAACUAGGAGGCUUGUUCCCUGGGUGCAUCUUGACCAGAAGGAUUACACGGGGGAAUGAUUCUGAGAAUAGAUAGCCUCAGGUAGGGUACUGUAAAAUUAGCUUUGCUGAUAUUCUCUGACUAAAAAACAAAGUGAAAAUUCAGUCAUUUGCCACAUUCUGUUGUGAAGAAUUUUGAGUCAAAGGAAUUUGGGAAUGAAAGGCUCACCAUCUCUGGUCAUGUUAAGGAAUGGUGUGGCUGUUUGAAACUGUCCUCUAUAUACUUUGGAUUGGUCACAUAUUUAAUAAUCUCAGUCCACAUCAGA